AUGGAAGAAUUAGGGCUGAAUAUCAGUCAUGAAGAGAUCAAUGACCUUCUGCGGAAGCAGUUCCCAAAACUGAAAGCAUUGAUGGAGAGUAGAUUUCCUGGCCGUUCCUUUGAGAAAACCCUGACAAAUCUGAAAGAGGAAAAGUUUGGAAAGAUCCAGCAGUCAUUCAGUGAAACUCAUAGACUUGAGAAGUUGCUGAAAAUGGGAAAAUCUGUCUGUAAAGUCCUUGUUAAGAGAAAGGACUUUAUAGACAAUCAGGUUACUGAUGUUUGUCAGGGAACAGGCUUUGUGCUGUUUGACAGGUUUAUCCUGACCAGUGCACACCUGUUUGACAAAUGUGUCGAAGGAAAGAAACUGCUGGAUCAAAUAAACGUCUCUGCUCGAUUUCAAUAUAAUGAUGACCCAGAGACAAAUUACUUUCACUUCUAUGCUGAAAAAACAUUUAUUGACAUUGACAAUGAGCUGGAUUAUGCUGUACUGGAGCUCAAACCUGAGGGUCAAAACUCCAUCCAAAACAAUGGAGAAAAUGUGAAAGUACCACCAGGGCUGCUGAACAGUUUUGGUCCACUUCCUGGAAAUGGAGAGGCCUGUCUUAUUGGACACCCUGCAGGAAGUGUGAGGAAAAUUGAUCCUACAUGCAUCAUUGAGCCAGAAAAGAGAAAACAGGUUGUCGAGGAUCAUUUAGCUCCUUAUGAAAAAACUAUGUUUACGAUUAUGUCAGUCGUUGAAACAAUUAAAUCUCAAGGCAUUGAGUGCAUAAUGGUUGGUGGAACUAAAGCUGAUGAAGUGGAGACUUACCACACUUUCAUGUAUCAUGGAGCUUCUGGCUCUCCAGUGUUUGGUGUUGAUUUCAAAGUUUUUGGGAUUCACACUAGAGGAUAUACUUAUGGAUUUAGAAGGCAUGAAACGAGUGUUAUUGAGUAUGCACAGCAACUGCUCUCAAUAUUCCAAAGAUUUGUGAUUAAUCUGAAGAAAAGUGGAAAUGAUGAGAUGCUGGAGAAGGUUAAGGAGGCAGUGACCGAAAACGAAGACCUUAAAAAGAUCCUCCAGGUUGAGCCGAUGGAGGAAGAUUAGGCCAACUGGAAAUGCUACAGUUCAGGUUAAAACGUUUCUGACCUACAUAUUUCCCUUUCUCAAGAUUCAGAAAUUUAAUUGCAAGACCUGCUAAAUUCCUGCAGUCACAGAAGAUGGUGACUAGGCUGCCAGUCCAUUUCAGACAAAACAACCAUUUACACAUCUUGGAUAUGAAGAUGCGACUCCUGUCCAAACCUGCAUUAUCAGAAAGAAACCUGAAAAUAUGUGGACAGACCAUCCAACUCCAUGUAGAAAGGUCCAGUCAAGAUUUGAGUCCAGGACCUGGACAAAGUUAUCAGGCAUAUUUUCUUACCUCCUGGUCCACUAACAGAAAUUCUUCACAAGAAACAACAAAUCAGUUAAAGAUUAUGUGCUCCUCCAUCCAUAAAUCAAUUAUCUGCAUCCUUCUAUUCCUACAAAAUCUCUGAGGUGCCUGUCUACACCGGUCAUUGGGUGAGAGGCGGGGUACCCCAUGGACAGGUCUCUGUCCAGAUUAGAGACCCCUGACCUCUUAUUUCUUGCCUUGAUGCACUGCAGGUCGUUGGGUCUCGAAACAGGUUCUUAAAUUGGUUUAAUUGGUCCUGAACAAAACGAAAAUUUACUCACUAAACAGCAGACAUGAAUUCAUGUUCUACAAACUUUCUGUUUUCCUUUUGUCAUGCUGCUGCUGCCCAAUAAUUUCCCAGUUUCAGUGUCAAUAAAGUACAUUAUCUUCA